ACAACAUCAACAUGUAACCCUGGCCGUUGAAUCUUCCUUUUAUUUCUCGCGCCGGUGGCAGCCCAGUCUUCGAGCAAUCAUCAUGCACGAGAAGCGGGACUCUAUCGACGGCCCCGGCCAACGACCUCUGGCCGAAUCUGCUUGCGAGCCUGCAACAGCACAAUGCCAGAAAGGCACCAAUGACGUCCAAGAUCUUGCUAGCUCUCCCUCGCAGCUGCUGACAGUAGAGGCAGGCGCACCGCCACCGCCGCCUCUUGACGACAAGUCUGACUCCGGGGUAGACAACUACGUCAAAGACGAGACUUACCCGGAAGGUGGACUUGAGGCGUGGCUGGUGGUGUUCGGUGCCUGGUGUGGCCUCUUUGCCUCGCUGGGGUUGAUGAAUUGCAUUGGGACUCUGCAGUCAUAUGUAGCUGAGCACCAGUUGUCAAGUUAUAGUGAAGGUGCGAUAGGAUGGAUCUUUUCCAUUUUCACCGCCGUGUCGUUCGGCUGUGGUGUCUAUAUCGGGCCUCUUUUCGACAAGUACGGCCCUAGAUGGCUGCUUGCCUGCGGGUCAUUGUUUCUCAUUGCUGGGCUCAUGGCGACCAGCGCCUGUACUCAAUACUGGCACUUCAUCUUGGCUUUCUCCAUCCUCACAGGUGUGGGCGUGGCACUGCUUUUCACCCCGUCUGUUGCAGCAAUUGGCCACUUCUUCUUGCGCCGGCGUGGAUUCGCCUCUGGCAUUGGCACUACGGCCGGCGGAAUCGGUGGUAUCGCAUUCCCGCUCAUCCUUACGCAACUCUUCGCCAAGCUCCAAUGGGGCUGGUCGGUGCGCAUCAUGGGAUUCAUGAUCAUUUUCUUCCUCGUCGUCGCCAACGUUCUGGUCAAAAAACGCCUACCAGCACCCAAGAACGCCAGUCCGCAUCCAGACUUCCGCAUCCUCAAGGACAAGACGUUUGGGCUCUUCACAUUCUCCGUAUUCAUGCUCGAAUUUGGCUUGUUCAUCCCGGUGGCUUACCUGCCCAACUACGGCCUGGCACAGGGCUUCUCGCGAGAGUUUUCGACCGGCAUCAUCUUGGCCAUCUUCAACACGGGCAGCGUUAUUGGCCGUGUCAUCCCGGGCUACCUUGCCGAUCUCGUCGGGCCGUACAACUCGAACCUUGGGUCGCUAUGCAUCAGCAUAUUCGCCAGCUUCGUCGUCUGGCUGCCGUUUGGCCACACGGUGCCUGGGCUGUCCGUGUUCGCCUUUCUGUUUGGUUUCGCAUCUGGAAAUAACAUCAGCGUUGCCCCCGUGUGCAUCGGCCGUCUGUGCCGGACACAAGAGUAUGGGCGGUAUUACGCAACGGCAUAUGUCGUCGCUGCUGUUGGGUGUCUGAUUGGCAUACCGAUCGGCGGAGCAAUCGUCUCUGCUUCGGGCGGCCAGUAUCAGGGCGUCAUCCUGUGUACUGGUCUGUCACAGACCGUCGCUUUCAUCUCUUGUUACUGUGCAAAGGGCUUCAAGGUCGGAUGGCAUCCUUUGACAAAGUUCUGAGUGUUUGCAUUUCAGACUUGCGCGGCUCCUAGUCGUGGGCGAGGAGAUGCCGUUCUUGUUGCUGUGCAUCACUCGAAAUCAACGAGCCGUCGAGCAUGUGCUGAUGAUGUGUGUGCGUGCACAGCAGCUGGCAGUCCAUAGUAUAUAACUGUUCAUUGGCACCAAUAUAAAGUAAUAUACGUAAUAUAGCUCAG